GCGUGGCGGAGGGGCGGCCAGAGAGCAGCCCCGAUCUAGUCGCAAGUUUCCUCCCGUAUCGCUUCGGAGACGCAGGUGCGCGCUCGUGCGUCGGCAGGGUUUCCCUCCCCGUGCUCCGUGUCGGAUAAGUGAGUGAAUAAAUGACUUGGAAUAAAGCUAUACGAAGGAAAAGAUAACGCAAAAAGGAAGGAGAAAAAAAAGUCGGAGAGGGAGAGAAUCUAGCUUGUGAUGCAUGUCCCGAUCGAGCGCUCGUUUCGGGCGUGACGAGAGAGAAGUGGAGUGACGCCAUGGAGUAGAACGAGUGACGGCGGAGAGAGAGAGAGAGAGAGUUAAAAAAAAAGUGGAAUCAAGCAACAAGGAAGAAUAAAGAAGAGGGACGAAGAUUUGUGAAGAUUUUCCUCAGUCCGAGAGAGCUGAGGAAGAUCGAAGCGUUUUGAAAAGAGGAGGGAAAAAGAGACAAAAAAAUAUUGUGGAUUUUUCCUUCAGCCUGAAAAAUCUCUGAGGAAGAUCGACUCUCUUUCCCCCUUCCCCGCCCACGAGACAGCAGGCGUGGGCGGCGCGUGUGUUUUCAAGAGUGUGUUCCGCUUUUGAGAGAGUGUUCCGCCUCUUAAGUGUGUUCUGCCUGUGCCAAGUUUACCGAGCUUUGCAAACAUGGUGUACAGGUGCGAGGAGGUGCUGCUGUCCUACAACAAGUUCAAUGAGACCAAGGACCAGUGGGAUUGCAUCGCGGGCCACACCCAGAAGGGCAUCACCUUCCUGGAGACGUACAGCCACUUCAUCAAGGAGCGGUGCCAGAUUGAGCUCGACUACGCCAGAGGGGCUCAGGCGGCUGGUGAAGGCUUACUUACCCAAGAAGAAGGAAGGAGAAGACUUACAAUUCACCAGUGUCAAAGCAUUUCGGGAUGCUGUGAGUGAGACAGCAGAUCUGGCUGGCCAACAUGAGGUCAUCUCAGAGACACUCACUGCCAAUGUCUACAACGAGAUCUCCACCCUUAUCAAAGAACUCAAGGAGGAGAGGAAAAAGCAUUUGGCAGAAGGAAGCAGAGUCCAGCAAAAUCUAUCACACUCUUUACAACAGUUAGAAAAAGCGAAGAAAAACUAUGAAAAGGCAUUCAGAGAGGCAGAAAAGGCACACGAGAAUUUCACAAAGGCAGAUGCUGACCUACACCUGUCUCGAGCGGAGGUGGAGAAGCAACGGAUGAAUGCCAGCAUCAAGAGCCAGCAGUGUGAAGAUAGCAAGAAUGAGUAUGCGAAUCAGUUGCAGAAAACUAAUCGCUUGCAGAGUGACCACUAUAACUCCAUAAUGCCAGGGAUUUUCCAGUCAUUGCAAGACAUGGAUGAGAAAAGGAUCAACAACUUCAAAAACCUGCUCAAAAAAAGUGUCGAAACAGAGCGCUCUGUCUUCCCCAUUAUCAACAAGUGUCUAGAUGGGAUUAUCAGUGCUGCAGAUUCUAUAGAUGAGAAAAAUGAUUCCAUGGUGGUGAUAGAGCGGUACAAGUCUGGCUUCACACCCCCGGGUGACAUUCCAUUCGACGAUCUGAGCACCCCAAGACAGAAUGGCGAGAUGACCCCUAACCAUCCACCCCUCAGACAUGACACCAUCAAGGGGACAAUAUCUGCUUCCAAACUCAAAAAACGGGGUGGUCUCUUUGGCAUCUUUGGUUCAAACAAGAAUAACUUUUCAUUCUCUGAAAAGGAGGACUUUAGCGACCUGCCACCAAACCAACGCAAGAAGCGGAUCCAGCAGCGUAUCGAUGAUGUUACUUUCAAACUACACCAAGAGACGGCAGCGAGGGAUGGGUUACUGAAGAUGAAGGAAGUUUAUGAGGGUAACCCUUCUCUGGGUGACCCCAUGAGCAUCAUGGGACAGCUCAACGACUCCUGCCAGAGGAUUGAGAAGCUGCGUGCUGACUUGAAGCGCUACCAGGACCUGUUGGAGGACGCGGAUGGGGACCCCCAGGGCGUGGGUGGCGGCGCAGCAUCGGGCGGACCCUCCACCCCCAAUGCUUCCCUUGCGCGCCACCACAGCACUGUCAUGUCGCCCCAUCACAAUGGGGGUGGUGCUUCCCCUCGCUCCUCCGUCACCUCACACCGCACCUCCCUCAGUGACGAGUCCCUUUCCCGGUCAGCCUCCGACUCCUCCGUCUGCUGCACCAAUCCCCCAUCCUCCUCCAAUACCACCUCCACCACUACCACCACCACCUCCUCCUCCCUCCAGCGCGUCACCAUCUCCACCCUGGCCACCACCACAACCACAACAGCAGGGGAGACCAGCAACCCAACCCCAUCUGACCCGCUGCCCUCUCAGGG